CCCUUUGGUCAGCCGUUAAAUCCAUCGACUCGAAGAAGUGGAGCUCUUUCUAGAGCCAGCUCUCGUCUUCUUCUUCUUCUUCUUCUUCAACAGGAUUAGUAUAAAGCAAACUCUUGUACAUCUCCACCAAAAUCAAGGAUUACUUCUUCAGGAUUUUUUUCUUAGGUUUUUAACCAAACAUAGAAACCCUAAUGUCAGGUCUCCAUAGAUCUUCGAGCGCUCCGUUGAAGAACGGUCUUCCUCCUCAAGAACUCCUCGACGAUCUCUGCAGUCGGUUUGUUUUGAAUGUGCCGAAAGAGGAUCAACAAUCAUUUGAGAGGAUUUUAUUUCUUGUGGAGUAUGCACAUUGGUUCUACGAGGACAAUUCAGUGGAAAACAAUCCGUCAUUGAAAUCAUUCACUCUGAAGGAGUUCACUUCUUUAUUGUUUAACAAUUGUGAUGUUUUGAGACCUUACGCUGCACAUAUAGAUGACAUAUUUAAGGACUUCACUUCAUACAAGGUUCGAGUUCCUGUGACUGGGGCCAUAAUUUUGGACGAGUCGUACGAACGGUGCUUAUUAGUGAAGGGAUGGAAGGGAACAAGCUGGAGUUUCCCCCGCGGGAAAAAGAACAAAGAUGAGGAAGACCACACGUGUGCUGUCAGAGAAGUCCUUGAGGAAACUGGUUUUGAUGUUUCAAAAUUCUUAAACAAUGACGAGUACAUCGAGAUGAUAUUUGGACAGCAGAGGGUGCGGCUCUACAUAGUUGCUGGAGUGAAAGAUGAUACAACAUUUGCCCCCCUCACCAAAAAAGAGAUCAGUGAAAUUGCAUGGCAUCGGCUUGAUGAACUUCAACCUGCAAAUAAUGAUGUAAUAUCUCGUGGGAUAACUGGCCUGAAGCUCUACAUGGUUGCUCCUUUCUUGGCAUCUUUGGAAGCAUGGAUUUCAGCACACCAGCCCCCAGUAGCGCCAAAAUCUCAUAUGCGUUUGAAAGGAAUUAGUGUAUGGAAGGCGAAGAACAGUUCCACAGGGAGCAGCUCAAUGGUAACAGAGAUUCAACAAACUAAACCUGUAGUCGAGGCUCCUUCCUCUGACAUGAUGGUUCCAGGAAAAAGCUUCAGAAAUUUCCGGUUCGAUACCAAUUUGAUAUUCCAAGCAAUGGAAACUGCCUUCUCUUCAUGAUAUGCUGAAUUCUUGUUUGUUCUGUAAAGUGUUGUUUAACCAUAUACGGUCCUGAUAGUUUUAGCUGUUGCAUGGUGUCUUCUAGUUCUCGACAGCAUUUAUGACCUCUUCUUCAUGUUAGCUUGGUAGCUUUCUGGCUGUAUAUUUUGUGUUAGAUUACCAGGUUUGCGAUAUAUGUAUAUUCUGUACAGAAAUGCUUGUUGCAAAUACCUAAUCAGUUUUCUUUCUUCUAUUAUUAGUUUA